AUGAGUAUGAACUGUACUGUUCAUGUUCAGAUAUUGAAGACUGGCAACUCGUUAGCAACUGACUAUAUCAUAUCAAGUUAUGCUGUCCAUUCUGAAAUCGAAUGCUCUUUGAAAUGCCUGGAAGAAGAAACUUGUGUGGCUUACAACUACAGACCUAUAUUAGCACAUGGGGAAAUAAACUGUGAAAUCAGCAAUAGUUCUUCACAUAAAGAUAUCAAGGUUUUUGCAAAGGGAGAGUGGAUACUUUACCAAGACUUGGAAACAUUUUGCGGUUGCCAGGAGGAUCCAUCUUUGGAGGAAACGUUUAAAGACAUCUGUAAAGAACCAAAUAUCAUCUGCCGUUGCUUUUACGAUAAAAUGGAAAAAACAUGUCAGCGUGAAAUCUACUUUACCAUUUAUAUUUCCGAUCACAACAAAUGUUUAACUCACAGAAGCGAUGACAUCGUUGUAGGAAAGCCCUGUGACCCAAAUGACGCAAAGCAAAAAUGGUCGUGGAUAAAUGGAGGAAAUCAACUUAUGAACGAAAACUCGAGUAAAUGCCUGGAUAUUGAGGGUGAGAUUAAAUUAGAAAGCCUGGUGCGCGUUUCCUCUUGUGAUAAGCUUGUGUCUGGCCAGCACUGGUCAUGUUCUGAAAAAUUCUUUAUGGUCGGUGGAACAACUUUGAGGUUACACCUGGGCUCGAUGUCUUAUCUUCGGGCUUCUCUAAGUUAUAAUACUGGCCCAUGGAAUUAUUGGGAAAUUUUUGGUUCAACAGAAAACAUAUGUACUGCAAAGCCAUGAGGUAAUUCCUGAAGUUUUCAUUUUUGUCGAACAGUACUUUAUGUAGAAAAAUGAAAGAAUAAUAUAAAUGUAAGGUAAUAUCCAAAAAGAUACAGCGUAUAACAAGGUACUUAUAAUUUAAUGCUUGGCCGUAAGCAAUUAAGCUAGUGUGCGAUUGGAUCUUAUACCUGGACAG